AGCGAUUCGACAUGGCGUUUUGCCAGCACAGAUAUAUAAAUACAUACACAACCCUGUUCACCCCAUGAUAGCUGCUUGCAGCAGUGCUCAAACACAAAUUUGUUUUGAUACCCGAUUGACCAAUGGCAGCUGGUAUCCGAGUAAUCCGAGGCCCUGACUGGCGGUACGGCGAUGAAGAUGGCGGAGACGGUCACGUGGGCACCGUGGUGCAGUAUGGGAGUAAUAGUGCUGCCCAGGUGGUCUGGGAUAACGGCAAAAUGCUCAACUGUAGAAUUGGCCAAAACGGGAAACACGACUUGCGUAUCUUUGACAACGCCACUGUUGGUGUCCGUCACACCAAGAUAUGUGACGCCUGCACAGAAAAUGGCAUUGUCGGCAUCCGCUGGAAGUGCUCUGUGUGUGAUGACAUCGACCUUUGUUCCGUAUGCUACGUCACAGACAAACAUGACCUGACUCACCAGUUUCUGCGUUAUGACGCUGCAGGCGCGCAGGCAGUAGCCGUGGGCAAACGUAACCAGGCCAUGAAGGCCCGGGCCAUGGGCAUCUUCCCCGGGGCAACGGUGGUGCGGGGCAAGGACUGGAAAUAUGACAACCAAGACGGAGGACCUGGAGGUGAAGGCCAUGUGACGUCACUAAACACACCGGAAACUCGCUCGGCCCGCAGCACGGUAGAGGUUGCCUGGGACAAGGGACAAAAGAACUCGUAUCACAUGGGGUACAAGGGUCUGGUAGACCUGCAGUACACAGAGGAAGCCCCGGGGCCAGACUACUACCCCAAGCAUCUUCCACUCCUGGAUGCAACAUCGGCGGCGUAUCCAAGCGCCAGCAGCAACACUGACUCUGGCAUCAAGGAGGGGGACAAGGUGUGUAUUGAGCUGGAUGAAGCUGCGCUGAAGGAGCUGCAUAAAGCUGCGGGGAGCUGGUCGUCAGGCAUGGCACGGCUCAUUGGCAAGGUUGGAACGGUGCGUGGGUUCUCCCAGACAGGGGAUGCUUCUGUGGAGUUUGACAGUCAGAAGUGGAGAAUUAAGCCCACUGCUCUGAGAAAGAUACCCGAACUGUCUCUGGGAGAUGUUGUGAGGAUCAUUGAUGAUGAGGAGACGGUCAAGAACCUCCAGGAAGACCAUGGCGGGUGGCUUGACGUCAUGGAGAAGGUUCUCGGGCGACGAGGACGUGUCGUGAAGAUCGACUCCGAUGGAGACGUGGCAGUCAAGUUUGGCACCAACGUGUAUCUCUUCAAUCCAUGCUGCUGUAACAUGGAGGAUGGAGACCUCGAUGAUGAUGAAGAUGAUGAUGACGACGACGACGAUGAUGAUGAUGAUGAUGAUGAUGACGAUGACGAUGAUGGGACGAAUCAACUUUUAAGAUUGCAGCUUGGUGGAGGAUUCGGAAACUUCAUCGCUGGCCUGGCGCUGCUUGAAGCUCUACAAGAUGCCCAACAGCAGGUUGCAGGAUCUGCUGUGUUCUUUAAGGCCAUCGUGGAAGGAGAUAUUGACGCUGUCAGGAAUCUUAUCCAGAGGGAUUCCGAUCUGGUGAACACCUCCCACAAUGGCAUCCCGCCUCUGCAGGUGGCGGCUCACGAGAACAAGCUGGACAUCGUCAAGCUGCUGCUGCAGCACGGUGCGGAGAAAGACAGCAGGGACAAGGAUGGGGACACAGCCUUGGUCUUGGCUAUUGGCAAAACAAACGACGCUGUUGCCGAGUUUCUCAUCCGUGCCGGGGUCGACGUGAACAUCGCCAACAGUAAAGGCCGAACUCCCAUCCACAUGGCCGCCUACAGUGAACAGCCUAAGAUCAUCAAACUGCUCGUAGCCAGGAACUGUGACGUUAAUGCCAAGGACCUGGGCGGUGACACGGCACUACAUGACGCUGUCGAGAAAGGCAACCUUGAGGCGGUGGUAGCCAUACUGUCGUCGACAAGGGUGGACGUCAGAAUUACAAACAUCAAAGGAUUCAUGCCCAUCCAUGUCGCAGCCAUGCGGCAGAAUGAAACAAUCGUAGAGAAGAUUAUCUUGAAGAACAGACAGGCAAUUAAUGCUGCCAAAGAAGAUGGUUUCACGGCGCUCCAUCUGGCGGCGUUCAAUGACCAUGUAAAUACCGUCAAGGUUCUUAUCAAGUAUAAAGCUGACUUAAAAGCCAGGACCGUGUUACAACAAACAGCAUUGCAUCUGGCGUGUGAGAAGGCUGUAUUCGACCCAGUUCAGACACUUGUGAACAACGGCGCCGAGGUGAAUGCUCAAGACAAGGAUGGCGACACUCCUCUCCACAUCACUAUGAUGGGACAGACUGGGGGGCUCAUGCUGCGACUGCUGAUUGGUCAGCUUCCCCAAAUGGACGGGGAAGCAAGAGUGCGAAUCGCCACCUUCCUCAUCGAGCACAGAGCGAACCCGGAUAUUCCUAACCAUAGAAACCAGACCCCGUCCGAUGUGUGCUCGAAUGACAGAAUAAAGGAAGCUGUAGCCUCGUUCCGAAAGUCAAGGGAGUCGGGCAGGCCCACGAGUUCCCGUGGCCAGUUACUGCUGUGCUCAAAGUGUCAAAACGUGAGAGCCACUGCCGUCUACCUGCCCUGUGGUCACAAAGACACAUGCCCGCGGUGCUGCAAGGCUGUGCGCCAGUGCGGCAUCUGUGGCCGAGACGUCAACAGAAGAGUCGGAGAAGAUGGGAAGAAGAUAGGAGAUGAUUGCUCCAUCCAAUAACUGCUUUACCGUCGACACGCAUGCGCAGGGACAUGCGCAAUUUACGCAUAUAUUAAUAUCAUGACUGCGCCGAAAGCGUAUGUACAGUCCUGUUGUUUUCCUACGCAAAUGGGGACAAUACUUCGAGGCAAGCUAUUUCGAGACAUGGGGAGUCUCGUCACAUCUUCAGUAACUAUUGGCCCGAAGUGAAGCAACCAGCGCGGGACAUUACACCACUUGUCUCGUAGAUAGAUCUAAGCAAGUUCCACAACAACCUGCGAUUAUCUUUUUGCUUAAGAGCGAGGAUGACAUUUGUGACUGGACAUGACUCACUUGGAUAUCUUUUAUCAAUAAUUUCUUUUAUUAUGCUCUCACCAUCAUCAGUAUUUACUGUUAUUAUGCUCUUACCAUCAUUAAAUAUUUACUGUUAUUAUGCUCUUACCAUCAUCAAUAUUUACUGUUAUUAUGCUCUUACCAUCAUUAAUAUUUACUCUUACCGUCGCAUAUGAAGACAGUCCCCUAGUGGCAGAUUGACACACGUUCUACCUGUUUUUCCGUAUGCUGUACACAGUAUGCUUAUAGAGAAAAACCUCUCAAUUCCACACACUGUGAUCCACCGAAAUUCCGAAUCGUGCUUUACAAGCUGUUCGAAACAUUCGGAAUUCCGGCUUUAGACAAUAGUGUGUGCUGAUCCCCGACGGCGCGGACGUUGCUCAUGCUGUCAACCACUGGUUUGUCCGGUCUAGACGUUACAGUGUACAGGCUGUUGUGAUAUACGUUCAUAUUGCACAAGGAGCGGUCCGGUAGCUUAGUGGUUAAAGCGUUCGCUAGUCACGCCGAAGACCUGAGUUCGAUUCCCGACAUGGGUACAAUGUGUGAAGCCCAUUUCUGGUGUCCCCCGCCGUGAUGUUGCUGGAAUAUUGCUAUAAGCGGCGUAAAGCCACACUCACUCACUCAUAUUGCACAAACUAAGAUAGCUAAGCGACGAACAAUGAAGAACGAAGCGUGGUCUAUUUCACGAUAAA